AUGGACCCACUAACCCACAGUCCCACUGUUGCGAGAAGACCGAAGCCAGAUCUCUGCAAGCUGAGAGAAUUCACGACCUUGUCGAAGACCUUUCGCAACAUUCUAGGUUUUGCUGAAGGGGUAGCAUCUGUCGUCUCUGCUGGCAAAGAGCGUGGCGAUCUGAUCCAGAUACUGCGGGGAGGACAACAAAGGACGAGUGACGACGAUGUGAGUCCACCAUUCAAUGGUGCAAUCUUUCGAACUGCCUUUGCUGACACAUCCGGUUUUGCCUCAGAUACACAUGCUUUGUGUGAGAGCCAGAGCGAAUGUGAAAUGUCCGUUUCGAUAUCCCGUCCGCGCGAUAUCUGUGAUACCGUAUCAGACCUGGUAGACGAAGUGGGAAAGCCCCUUAAGAAAACGCAGAUAAACAAGCAACGGACUGCUAGGAAUGAGGAGCUGCACUUGUCAUCACUCAUACCAUCUAGCGGUUCCUUCCAUUGGACGGCGCACGCAACGUGCCUUAGAGGCAAGACUGCAACAGAGGGUCAGGAGGCUGGCUUAGCGAUCUUUGACACAUCUAAGAUCAAAGCCAGCGAUGUACCUCUAUGGCAUGUCCUGGAUUUUCUGACAUUCUUCGAUAGCCAUCGCAAGUUUGACAGUUCCAGGAUUGACCACUGGGCGAGGAAAUGGGCAAUGAAUUCGGACGAAUAUCUCUGCUGGGAUUUGGUGCCCUGA